ACGGUCCAUGCAGUAAGUAAACGCCAAAGACAAGCUAAACGCCGAACGCCCGCUCAGUCUUAUGUAGGUUAUAGCUUUAACUGUCUACGGUCUCAGAUAUCGUUAAACAGCGGGUGAAUUCCGAGCCAGCAGGGGGCGACACUUCAGCAUAUUCAGAUAGCUGCUUCGCCGGGCGGGAUUUCCGCAAUAAUAUCAUAUCAAGUAUGGCGAAGACAUACGACUAUUUGUUUAAAUUACUGUUAAUCGGCGACUCUGGUGUCGGGAAGACCUGUGUCCUUUUCAGGUUUUCAGAAGACGCCUUCAACUCAACGUUUAUCUCAACUAUAGGCAUUGAUUUCAAGAUCAGGACAAUAGAGCUUGACGGCAAGAAGAUAAAGUUACAGAUAUGGGAUACAGCUGGACAGGAGCGCUUCCGAACAAUCACAACAGCCUACUACAGAGGAGCAAUGGGUAUCAUGCUUGUCUACGACAUCACCAACGAGAAGUCUUUUGAGAAUAUCAAGAACUGGAUAAGGAACAUAGAAGAGCAUGCAUCAUCUGAUGUUGAGAAGAUGGUCCUUGGCAACAAGUGUGACAUCAACGACAAGCGGCAGGUGUCCAAAGACAGGGGGGAGAAGCUUGCGUUAGAGUAUGGAAUAAAAUUCAUGGAGACAAGUGCAAAGGCCAACAUCAACGUGGAAAAUGCAUUUUUGACACUCGCCAGAGACAUCAAAUCAAAAAUGGACACAAAAUUGGAGGGCAACAUGCCACAGGGGAGUAGUCACGGAGUCAAGAUCUCAGAGCCUCAGAAAAAGACAAGCUUCUUCCGCUGUAGCCUACUCUGAGGACCAAGGCCUUCGAUACUGGCUGCCAGCUGGCUGGACAUAAAUGGACUGUGCUUGCUCUUAGCACUUCCUUCCUUCUUUCUACCCAUCCAUUGCCUGUCCUUCCAGUCCACACAAACCAUUACAUUCCCAGUAAGCAGACGACUUCUCCUCAUCUUCUGAAAGCUUCCAAUGGUGCAUCUCUUCUGAUCUGUUGUCUUCAUGGGUCAGAGUGCUUGACUGUUUGAGGACUCCACCAAGAGCAUUGUCCAGAUGUUACUCAUCACACAAAAGACAUGCUCUUACUUCUGUUACUCUCGUUACACGUUUUUCACGCAGCCGGUAGCCCAACCAAGGGUGACAAAAAAAACGGUUUUGGGAUUGCAAAUACAAAAUGUGAUAUUUAGGUCUAUUUUAUUAGUGCCCUUUCCCUUUUUAAGUGAUACAGGUCAACCAGAGACUGAUCGGCUUGAACUCUAGUGAACAGAAUUGCUCAUAUUUUCAUUUUCAUUUCAGCCAUUGAAAACCAUAUCACGCAUCAGGCAGUCAAGGAUCAUAGCGGAAUUAGAUUGAAAGGGUUUCUAUUUGAGUUCUGCUCUUUGGUUUGCAUGUAGUCCUUCACAACUAUUUGAUAUAACUUUAAAAUGCGUGUUUCAUCCUGCCUUGAUCAUUACACACUGCCACCAACUCUUUUUAACCUUUUUUUGGCAAUAACUUUCAGGUGCCGUUUGGCAACACAAAAUCUAAAAAUACAAUUCAGAUCUGUCUCUUUAGUCAAAGUUCUACUGUUAAAUAAUCAGCAGAACAUUGUUGUUACCCGUGUGCAAGUACACCAUUAAGGAAAGUAUCAGGAUGUACAUGCUGUAUAAUAUAAACAAUUCUCCAAAAGUGAGUACAGUGUUAUUAGAUAGACCUGCAUUUAACAUUUGUUUUUAUUAUCAUUUGUUUGGCGACUUAAUUUCUUUAUUAAUCAAUAACUUGUUUCAAGGUUUUGUAGCAGCUCUGAUUCACAGUCAAGCUAAAUGAUGUCUCUGGUUAUUUGAUCAGCAGUUAAAAUCACUCUGGAAGUUUCGCACUGUAAGCCCCUUCUGCUAUCCAUGCAGCUCUCCUUGCACUUUACCAGUAACUCGUGUUUUGUGUAGUCUGUGCCAAGUGAUAGUUUUGCAAUACAAUUACUUAGUUAAAAAAAUGUUUUGAGUCUUGGUUAUAUAAUGGGUAUAAUUCCUGAAAAUGUUUUACUACACCUACUUAUAAUUAAUGACUUGAUCUCCUUUGCUAUUUCACUGCUAGCGAUCUGCUGUCCUGGUAUUAGUUCACUGAAAACAUUGCCCUGCAAUGUUUGCGUGCAAAAAAAAUGGCCAAAUGGCUAGUAAAUGCUCAAAUUUUACCAGCCACUCAAUAGGUGACCAUUUGUUAGCCACUUGCAUCUUUUACCUGUAGUUGGCUAGUGGAUGGAACUAAUUUUCUACCCUGCCUAAUAAAUAAAUAAAUACACACAUAUAUAUAUAUAUGAAGGAAAAUAAUUUCUAUGUUACUGCCCUGCCAAAUUAUAUAUUUUACAGUGAUGUUUUUUGGAUUUUCAAUGGAAGCUGGCUUGUCCAAAGCUGAAAAGGUGCACUAGUGUUCUGUACAAUUUUUGUGUUUGAUUGUGGCCCUUAAGUUUGACCGCUAGGUGGCACCAGAGGCACAGUUUGCAUCAAAGCUGACUACCUGAUUCAUCCAGUAUUUUAUUAGGAUUGCGAGCCGCAGUGAACUAGACUUGUGCAAUCCAAUCAUUUAACAUUGAUGUUGAGUCUCAAUCUAUUUCCACUGUUCCUCAUGUUUCCUUCCUACAUUUGUUACUAGUCUGAAAAUCAAACUCCUAUAUGCACAAUAUCGAGGGAGGAUCUGCUUUUCUUGCCUACAUCCUUAUUUUAUUUUAUUUUUUAAUAUUAAAUAAUUUGGGACCUCAUGACUACCAAGGCCAUUUGUCUUAACCGCUAAUACUCAGUUCUGUCAUAGGUGAGCUAUGCAUUGUGAAUCUUGGACCUGUGCAUAUUUGCGUAAUGUAGUUUUCAGACAUACUUGUAGACCUGUACAGUUGAAUGUAUGGGCUUUUUGUUUUGUGUCAUCCACUGAGCCAAAAACAGGACUCUGUUUGUUGAAAUGGCAUUGCUACAACAACAGGAUUGCAAUUUAGCAUGAUGGAAGAUUAAGUACGAAGAGUCUGGAUAUUGAAAUGUGGAGAUAGUGCUUUUUUUCUUAUUUGUCUACUAAUGCAACUUUAAGUCAGAAAAAGGAAGCAGACUUUUGUGGGACUCAAACUGCAUAAUUUACAGCUGAAAGUAUACUCUUUGAUUUUGUUUUUAAAUCAUAUCAUUUAUUAUAGUGUACAUCCCUUUUUACAGACAUUUUCAUUCCAUUCGUUGUGAAGUACACAGGGAGAAUAAUACAUUUCGAAAAGUGAAGUGAAAAAAAACAUUGUAAAUAUCACAUUGAAAAAAGAGAUCUACUUAAAUUGUACCGUACUUUCUAAACCCAUAUGAAAAUGUAUCUACAAUUUGUAGAUAUGUGUACUUUUGAUUUAAUAAAAUAAGAUUAUAAAACUU